AUGUCUUUUUCACAGAAUUACAUUUUUUCCUUCUGUCAAUUCGGGCAUUUGAAGAUGGCUUAUGGUUCGAUUAGUCACCUUGGUCACCCUCCUUGCUUUAUUACAAGUGGCUCUUGCUGCUUUCUUCGAAGAUGGGUUUACCGUAUCAGAGAUGGUUCUUAUUUUAUUACUGUGGAUGACAAAGAUUAUGAAUCACCUGUUUUCUUGCUCCCUGAUGGAAGAUCCCUGGAGCAAGUUUGGCACAUCAAAUACGUUGACGAUGACCAUGUCGUCAUCAUGAAUCCAGCGACUAAGCGUUCCCUCGGAGUGCAAGAGGCUCGCUCCGGUGCCUUUAUUUUCGCUGCCUGGUAUGAACAGCAAUGGAAGCUCACAAAGAGUGGAGAAAAAGAAGAUCACUACAAUAUUGUCUACCCCGAGCAGGUUGAUGGCGAGGAUCUUUCUAUCGGUGUCUCGUCCGCCCGAGUCUAUCCUCCUCUUGUUGCUCUUCAUGGAUCUCCAAGGCGCACAAUUCAUUGGGAGCUUGAUAGGUUUGGUCCCCCUGAAUCCCGCGGCUCUGAGAGGGAAAUCCCCCGCUUCCGCUCCCAGUUGAGAUGGUAAUGGGACUAAGGAUCGAGGACCUAAAACUUGCUCCAUCAAAAGCAAUAAAUGAUUGUUAAUGUCACUCAAAAUGGG